AGAGAUUGAUUAGUAACGCCUGGUUCAAUAAACUGACAUAAAGAAGGCUGGCCAUCAUAGCAUAUGCUGACAACCAUGUACCGCUGUAUUAUAAGGCCGGCUGAGCGGUGUUGGCGGUGUUCGGUCCGCAGCGUCAGCUCAGCAGUGAAGAGGAAAGCUCUGCCGAGCGCCUUCCCGGUGCUGGAGCAGCCUCUUCAGUCCGACCACCAUCGUGUGUAUGAAGCUAACCUCCGAAACAGCAACGCCUGCCACAACCAGUACCUAGAGUUGAGGGAAAAGAUAAGGAAAGGUGGAGGAGAAAAAGCCAUCGCCAGACACACUCAGAGAAACAGGAAGUUUCUGGUGAGAGAGCGGUUGCGUCUCCUGCUGGACGAUGAGGACUUCCUGGAGCUGUCACCCUUCGCUGGUUUCGGCCUUCCGUACGGGGACAUCCCUUCCGCCGGCUGCCUGACUGGCAUCGGCCGGAUCAACGGCCUGUGGUGUGUGUUUAUUGCCCACGAUGCCACAAUAAAAGGUGGCACAGCGUACCCUAUCACCGUGAAGAAGCAGCUACGCGCACAGGAUAUAGCUAUUCAGAACCGCCUGCCCUGCGUUUACCUGGUUGACAGUGGAGGAGGUUUUCUACCACUGCAGUCAGAGGUAUUUCCCGAUAAGAACCAUGGAGGAAGGACGUUCUAUAACGAAGCCAUCAUGUCUGCCAUGAAGAUCCCUCAGGUGUCGGUGGUGUGCGGGUCAUGCACGGCAGGUGGAGCUUACAUCCCCACCAUGGCUGAAGAGACAGUGAUGGUGCACCAGAUAGGUACCAUAUUCCUGGGAGGACCGCCGCUUGUCAAGGCCGCCACAGGAGAGGAAGUCACACCGGAGGAACUAGGAGGAGCCCGCCUUCAUGCUGAAGUGAGUGGCUGCGUGGACCACUUUGCCAUGGGAGAAAAGGAGGCUUACGAUUGCACCAGAAACAUCGUGUCCACCCUCAACUUCCAACUGCCCGACGAAGAGGAGGAGGAUGAGGAGCAGACGAGGAGGAGGAAAGCUGAGCAGGAGCCGCUGUAUAAUCCAGUUGAGCUUCUGGGGCUUGCUCCUAAAAGUUAUAACCACAGUCUGGAUGUAAAAAUGGUGGUCAGUCGGCUGACAGACGGGGGUCGAUUCCAGGAGUUCAAAGCUCGCUACGGAACCACACUCAUCACUGGCUUUGCAAAGAUUCAUGGCCACCUGCUGGGAAUAGUGGCCAACAACGGAGAGCUGUCAUACCAGGCCGCACUGAAAGGAAGCCAUUUUGUCCAGUUGUGUGACCAGAGAGACGUCCCCCUCCUCUUCCUCCAGAACACAGCACCCACAACAGCUCCAACAGUGUCCACGACGCAGGCCGAGGUGAACAGUAACCACCUGAAGGCUCAGGGUGCAAUGAUGUCAGCAGUAGCGUGUGCCUCCGUCCCCAAAAUCACCGUGGUGAUUGGUGGUUGCCAUGGUGCCGACAGCUACGCCAUGUGCGGCCGGGCAUUCGACCCACAUUUCCUGUUCCUGUGGCCCAACGCCAAAGUGUCGAUUACGGCUCCGGGUCACGCGGGCUCCCUGCUUCCCGCUGACGGUGAGCGGGAGGAAGAGGAGAAGCAAGAGGAAGAGCUCAAUAUGAGGCUGAAGGAGGAGUGCUCAGCUUUCUACUCAUCCGGCAGACUCUGGGACGAUGGAGUCAUUCUGCCUCAGGACACCAGGAGGGUUCUCAGAAACUGCCUGGACAUCAUCAAACAGCGGCAGUAUCAGCUUUCCACAGAGAAACUACAAUCCCCACUUCUGCGUAUAUAGAGGCCGCAAUCGCUCUCCUCCUCGCGUCCUCUGCACUGAACAUCCGUCCAUUAAGCCGCUGUUAGUUCAGUCUGGUGGCUGUGUGCCCGUUGGUUUCACUGCCACCAGACUCCAUUAUAUAUAAGAUAUCCCUUUAAAUAACACCAAUUAAGUACAACUCAUUGCCAAUCCUCUAACCUAAUAUUUGAUAAUGUGACUGAUGUUAUUGCAUAAGGCUGCAAAGUUGUUGUUGUUGUAAUGGAUGAGCACAAAAAGUGCUCAUCCAUUUCAUUUUUACAAUUGUUGAAAUGAAAAAGUGAAAUGUAAAAAAAAGGAGUGGCCUGGAAAUAAAUAUAGUUUGAAGUUGAAACAUUUUUAAUGUAUUUUUAUCUCAACUACUAACUCCGAUACACUUGCCAUGCCCUUAUUAGGUGCCUCUUUAAUACUACUUUGUACGGCUGUAUCAUGACGGAAAUGUCUUCUAGUUCUUAGGACCAGGUUAAUCCUGCAAAAGUGCCUCAUGUUGGUAUUUUAGUCACUCACUAGUAAGUUUGACCUUGACCUGCAGAAGGUCACCCAGUGCUACAACACAUGUGAACAAUUCUCAUUAUUAUGUCGCUGUUAGAUUUCUUCUGAUGGCAAAUGGCUACUGUAGAUGAGAGUAUGUUGUUGUGUGGGUGAUAUAUUCAGCAGUCUGUUGGAGCCUCAACCCAGUUCAGUAGAGAUCUGGCUUGAAUGGUUUUACUUUUACUACUGCUUUUACAGAUCAUCAUGUGAAUCACAUUUAUUUUCCGUGUGUAAUUGUUUUCUUCUUCUUGCAAUUAUGAAUGUAAAUUAAUCCUUGUAAUGUAGUUUUUUGUUUUUUUUUAUGAAUUCUGAAAUUAAAAAAAAUCCCUUUAAAGUAAAGUCAAUUUGGAUGUGUUUGCGAACAUGUUUUAACACAAGUGAAGCAGCUGCUUGCACCCAAACAUUACAAUAAGUGCAACGAAAUGUAAACAACAUUAACGUGUGAUUGUAUAAUAGCUACAGAGUAAAUGUAGCGUGUUCUUUUUAAAUAAUAUUCUUAAAAAUCCUCUGAAAUUAUAAUUUCCUUUGAAAUAAUAAACUUGAAUCAGCAUUCAUAUACAGUAUUU